UUCUUUUAUAUUACCUCUUCCCCUUACUGACCUCACUGAACCAGAUCAUAGAUAUUUGCAGCAGCAGAGACAUCAGAGCUGAGAAACCAAACCAAACCAAACCGAAUCAGCUUUGGAUCCACACCUCUCUCUCUCUUUCUCAGACUCUCUGAGCUAUUAUAACAUCCACCGUCUGAUCAUUCCCCACUUCACCAGCUUCACUCACUCUCCACCGUUGAUCUUUCCUCAAUGGGAGCCCGCUGCUCCAGAUUCUCUCUCUGCUGGUUCAGCUCCCACCUUAAACCCUCCGUCCUCGAAUCCACCGACCUCGAGAAUGGGGGCAACAAAAGCGACAAGAACUCGUGCCCGAGCUUCACCGAGUUCAGCUUCGACCAACUGAAAGCCGCCACGUGCGGCUUCUCCUCCGACAACAUAGUCUCCGAGCACGGCGAGAAAGCCCCCAACGUUGUCUACAAAGGAAAGCUCGACAACAACGCCGAACGUUGGAUCGCCGUCAAGCGUUUCAACAAGCUUGCCUGGCCAGAUUCUCGUCAAUUCCUCGAGGAAGCAAGAUCGGUUGGGAGUUUGAGAAGUGAGAGAUUGGCGAAUCUGAUUGGGUGCUGUUGUGAAGGAGAUGAGAGGUUGUUGGUGGCUGAGUUUAUGCCACAUGAGACUUUGGCAAAGCAUUUGUUUCAUUGGGAUAGCCAGCCAAUGAGAUGGGCUAUGAGGUUGAGGGUGGCUCUGUAUUUGGCUCAGGCUCUUGAGUAUUGUAGUAGUAAAGGGCGUGCAUUGUAUCAUGAUCUCAAUGCUUAUAGAGUUUUGUUUGAUAAGGAUGCAAAUCCGAGGCUGUCAUGCUUUGGACUUAUGAAGAAUAGCAGGGAUGGGAAGAGUUAUAGUACAAACUUGGCUUUCACUCCUCCGGAGUACCUCAGAACAGGUAGGGUGACACAAGAAAGUGUGAUUUAUAGCUUUGGAACCUUGUUGCUAGAUCUUCUAAGUGGCAAACAUAUUCCCCCCAGCCAUGCACUAGAUCUCAUUCGUGGCAAGAAUUUCCUGAUGCUGAUGGAUUCGGCUCUGGAGGGUAAUUUCUCAAAUGAUGAUGGAACAGAGUUGGUACGCUUGGCUUCCCGUUGUCUGCAGUAUGAAGCUCGUGAGAGGCCUAAUGCGAAAUCCCUAGCCACCGCUCUUAUGUCACUUCAGAAAGAAACAGAGGUUGCAUCGUAUAUUUUGAUGGGUAUCCCACAAGAAACUGCAUCCUCAGCACAGCCACUGUCGUUAACACCUUUUGGUGAAGCUUGUUUGAGAAUGGAUCUAACAGCCAUACAUGAAAUUCUGGAGAAGAAUGGAUACAAGGAUGAUGAGGGAAUCGCUAAUGAGCUUUCUUUCCAGUUGUGGACUAAUCAAAUGCAAGAGACUUUGGAUUCUAAGAAGAGUGCAGAUUCUGCUUUUAGAGCAAAAGACUACGCAACUGCAAUUGAUUCCUAUACGCAAUUCAUUGAUUGUGGAACAAUGGUAUCACCAACGGUGUAUGCUCGGCGUUGUCUAUCAUACUUGAUGAAUGAUAUGGCACAAGAAGCCCUUGGGGAUGCUAUGCAAGCUCAGGUGAUCUCUCCAGAGUGGCCCUGUGCUUUAUAUCUUCAAGCAGCUUGCCUAUUCAAGCUUGGCAUGGACAAUGAUGCACAAGAAACACUCAAAGAUGGCACAAACUUGGAAGCCAAAAAGAACAAAACUUGAUGUGUAUAUGCCUUUUCUUUUUCCAUUUUUCUAUAAUAUCCGGGGCUCUACUAUAUAUGUAGUCUUGUUUAGUCUUUUGUAUCUAUUCUUUUGAUGUUAUGAUCUCCGUAUAUUAAGCCUUGCUUAUUCCACCCAAGGAUUCAUGGAAAUCAAUGUUUGCUUUGAUGAAAUGUUGUUCUAGCGUCAUAUAUGCAGAAGCACUUGGUGACUCUCAGUCUGAAACAUCAUCCUUGUGACUUAUACUUUCAUAUGCAAUUAUGAUAUAUUGUGCAGCAGUAAAUUUAAAUUCC